AGCGGGGGUUGGGCGUGGUGACAUCAUCGCCCAACCUGUGGCAUGAUUCACGAAAGAGAAAUUCCGUCCCCGACACACGUUUUAGCACGAGUCUCCACCGGCACCGGCUCGCACAACGCCUCUAGUACCUUCCCGAGAUGCCGUUCUACGCUGUUGCCAGGGGACACAGCCCAGGAGUGUACACUUCAUGGCCUGAUGCCCAAGCUCAGAUUAAUGGCUAUACGGCAGCUCGUUACAAGAAGUUCGAUACCAAAGAUGAAGCUGAAGAAUUUGUCAGGGAAAAUGCUCUCAACAAGCCAGUGGUAGACCGCCGUGAGAAGGCAUCAGGGGACUCCCAAGUUGAAGGGAAAAGAAAACGAGAUGAUGAUGAGGAAGAAGAGGAAGGCCAAGGAGAGAAGAAAUUGCAUGUGGACGAAGGAGAAAAGAAAACCGAGGAUGGCUUAUCUUUAGAUGACGAAGGCUACCUUGUUGUUUAUUCUGUUGGAGUGUGCGAGUUCCAUGGAAAGAGUGGGCAGAAGUCUGGCUGCGGUGUCUUCUUUGCAGAGGAUCAUGAGCGGAAUGUGUCCGUGCCUUUGAAGGGGAAAGCCUCCAACAACGCAGCCGACAUUCAGGCAGCCACUCAUGCACUCAUAACUGCUAAAGCUGCUGGUUACGACAAGGUGGCAGUCCACACUGACUCACAGUUCAUGAUCAACUGCAUGACCUCGUGGCUGAAGAACUGGAAAAAGAAGGACUGGAAGAAGAGCGACGGAGAGUCCGUGAAGAACAAGGAAGAACUGAUCGAACUGGAUAAGGCUACGGAAGGACUCGCUGUGAAAUGGAUCCAUGUGAAGGCAAAAUCAGGAAUUGUCGGUAAUGAUGAGGCUAGGAAGCUGGCCAAGGUCGGCGCUAAGCAGUACGAAGCUGAUGCCUAAUACAAUUAUUCCAUGAUAAAGGGUUCAAAAUUUUGUGAUGUUUUACAGUUCAUCACUUAUUGCAGUUUUUUUCUUAUUAACAUCAUUUAUCUCUGUUAUCUCACUAUCCAUAGUGCAGUGGAAGAAAGAGGUUUAUAAAGAUGGUGUUUUGAAGUAUCUCUUGCUUGGAAGAAAGCUAAAUCAUUAAAAAAAAAAAAAAAUACAAUGAUAAAAUGUCAGAUUUUCCACUGCAUUUUGCUUCAUUCAUAAGUAUCUCAUUAUGCCUUCAUGUCUGAAUAUCUGUAUGCAAUUCCUCACCCUUGAAUUUAUCCAGAUGCCGAUCUCCGAAAAAAUAAAAGUGUCACUGGGUGAUGGAAUGAAUUUACUCCAGUUACCACCUUGUCAGAUGUGACUCGAUUUCUGCCUGCGCGAGAUCUGGAUAAGUGAAGGGUGUGCGAAAGCAACUUAGGUUGUGAACACUGCCAGCGAUGUUAUUGGUGCUACUCCAUUAUUGUCUUGGCAUUUAAUUAGCCUCCAGAAAAUAAGCUUUAAAUGCAAGGUGGAAGGACAUUUAAUAUUAAGAACAGAUGGUCUAUUCUUCCAGAAAUAGUUCUAGUUUUAUAUAUUAUUAUAUAUUGUCCUUAAGAAAGUAUGAAAUGAAUUAGAGGGAAAAAAAUCUUGUGGUCUGGUAAAGUUGAUGACCUAAAAACAAUGAGGAGUUAUGAAUAAAGUUAUCUCUGUAUUCUCUCCUGUUUCUUCUUCUUUAUUGUCUUUUUUCAUCAUUUUCUUCUUUUAUUGUCCUUUUUUUUUUCUUCAUUUCCAUCUCUUACUGUAUUUCCUCUUCCUUCUACAUCAUUAUCUUCUGUCUCAUUUCCCAUAUUUCACCUUGCAUAUUUUAUAUAGUAACUGAGAAAUAGCAGAAAAUUCAUGCUGUUUGGUGGCAGAUUUUUUUUAUUAUACUUUUAUUUAUUUACUGUUUUGUAAAGGAAAGAUAUUUUUCUCAAAUUUAAUGACCACAAUGUGCAAUGUAUUACUUAGUAUAUACUUUAAAGGAUGAUAAGUUACCUUUCAAAAUGUAGCUUUGAAAUUAAGGAUAGUUAGGAUUUUUUUACUUUAAAAAAAAGUUAAAUAUCAGAGUGUAUUUAUUUCACUAUUAAAGAGAAUUGUCUGUGAAUCUUGGUAGAUCACCAAGCUAUUGUGGAGCACCAUGAACUGCAUAAAAAAAUUAUUCAUUUAAGGGAAAUUAUUCGUAUUUUCAUUGAAAUAUCUACUAAGCAUUCUUUCAUUAGUAAUUUGUAGCUUUCAUUUUUUUACGGAUGAUAAAGCAAGAAAUGUUAUUCCAAGAUUGUAUUAAGAAUACUCUUUAUUCUUGAUUAGUUCAUGAGAUCAUUUGCUCUGUAUGUGUGUUUAAUGCCAUGUUUAUGUUACACUGUUUGUAUUAGUCAUGUUUGUUUGGAAAGUUAAUCACAUGAUAUGAAUAGUGUGUUGUCUGUGUAUUCUUUUUGACAGCUGGGGAGUGACUGAUAAACGAAGGCUAUUUUCCAAAGGUUGAUUUUAUUUUUCAUGUUUUAUUUAAUUUAUGUAAUCUGUUGGCAAUAAAAAGGGAAAUUGCAGAAGGCUGUAUUAACCUAAUAGAUAUAGGAAGAUGAGUAUAAGCAGUGUCAUGUAUGGUAGCCAUUCUUCUAUUAAUGUUUGCAGGUAUUGGUGAUGGUUUUGUGUGUUGAUGCAUGCAAAUGAUAAAUAACAUACUGUAUGUACUUACCAAAUAUGCAUUUUUGUGCCCCAUAGUGUCAUACUGUUAUACUCCAUUUAUUUAAUUUUAGCUAACAAACUAUUUGCUUUAUGCAGAAUAAACAAAAUGUUUCGUAUAGAAUUUUUGCAAAAGCUACCUCUUUAUUGCUUUAAUUAACACAGUAUUGUUAUUUAGCAUUUAUUUUCUUAACUGAUGAACAAAUAAGGAUCUUAACCAUAUUUUUAUUUUCAAAGUUUUGUGUAUUUUUAUGUUCCUGUACAAAAAUUGUACCUCUGGAGUGUUUUCCUGAGUUAACUUUAACCUGUGUGUUGUUCCAUCCCAGAGGGCAAAAGAUCUGUUCCUUAUCUCUAUUAAAAAAAAGUAAAACA